UUUUCUAUGCAAAAUGGUUUUACAGGCAUGAAUUGGGACAUUAGGAAACGAAUUCGCUAUUAUUUUCAUGUUUCCUGUACUCGCAUGACAAUUUCGUAAACCGUUAAUACCUUCAUUAAUGCGAUUACAUUUUUUCGGAAGAUAAUAAAUUUUACAUAUUGAAAUAACAAGCAAUAUGUUUAUUGCAUGAAGAAUUGAUGCAAUGAAAUUAUAUUACAAUUCGUAUCAUUUCUUUGCGUCAAUUGGCACCGACGAAGGGAUCAUUAAAAUACACGUUCGACUCUGAAUUGACGCCGGUGGAGUUACGCAUUCAAUUUAAGGUUAGAGAGGUUAGGGGUUCUCAUCCACUGUCGAACGUACGAUAAAAUACACGUGUGAGCGUUGCUAGGGUUGAGUAGAAUUCACUGCUGCAGAUUCACAAGUAAUACUGUUAACCCCGAGUCAAAACAUUUGAUUCUGUCUUUAAUCGCGUGUAUAGUGCGUAUUAAAGCAAUGUCAAUCGUUUCGCUCGGACUGCACAGAACAGUAGGGUCUUUGUGGACUGGUCUGAUAAAUAAGGGCUUUACAUUAAGGAAUUUAUCAGUAACCAAUUCUUUUCGAUCAGCUGAGGCUGUGGGUCAGAUUGCGGAAGAGGGUGAUGGGACAUCGCAAAGGGAAAUUGAUCCCAGUAAAGACAGAACUAGAAUUAUACCUGUAGAAACUAGCAUUAGAUACCUUGAGAGCAAAGCUUAUAAGGAAACUUACGGAUCGAAUCCUGUGUGGAAGCUAUACAGAAGAAAUCACAAGGGCCAGAUUCCACCACAAAAGACACGGAAACUAUGUAUUAGGAACGGAGUGAUCUCCACUGGUAGUCCUUGUCCAAUUUGCAGAGACGAGUAUUUAAUACUCGAUUACAGGAACGUGAAGUUGUUGAAGCAGUUCAUCUCUGAAUAUAAUGGAGAAAUUCUGAGUUAUCAGAAAACGGGAAUUUGUCAACGCAAAUAUCGAGAGCUCCUUGUUGCAAUUUAUAAGGCCAAAGAUUUUGGCACUAUAACUUUCGACGUUCCACUAAGAUAUUAUGAUUAUUCGGAAUGGUACAAACCUGACUGCGAAGAUCACCAGUGUUAAUACUUAUAAUGUAAAAAUUACCACCGU